AUGGCUUUCAAUACGCUCGCCAAAGCCCUUGCGGCAUCUUUGUUCUUGUCAGCAACUGUCCUGGCCAGCGAUGUCGCCAACUCGUCGCAGAAUGUCGUCCCCAACACUAUGGACCACGAGAGCAUCGACCCGUCGCAAGUAGCGCACUACAAGAGUCUGUUCGAUGAGCUGGCGCAGGCCCCAAUGACCACGCCAGCCACGCAGGUCGAUCCAGCAGUCUUGGACACUUACUUCAAAUGGACCGAUGUCGUCGACGUUUCAGACAGCACCGAGACGUGCUCUCAGGCAUGCUUUGCCUGCGCAGCAGGGUGCAGCCCAGCCUGCUGUGUUGGCCGAGGCAGACCGGAACCACUGAUCCCACCGAUUCCAUCGGAUCCAGAUUCGGGUACAGGUACGAACAGUGGUCGGAGCGGUGGUAUCCUCCCUUCUCCUCUGGCGUGUCCCUGCACCUGUGGCGUCGGUUGCCCUGUGGCCAUCCAGGACGUUUGCUGUGUGGGAGGUGGAUCGAAGGACGCCGCUGCCGCCGACCAGCAAAAACCGCUAGGAGGUGGCGCGACAGCUCACGAGGACAUUGGGGGUAAACCGCAGGCUUGCCCGUGUACCUGUGGCGUCGGCUGUCCUGUGUACAUCCAGGACGUAUGCUGCGUCGGUGGUGGCUCGAAGGCGGAAGAGAAAGAAGGUCCAAGUCAUGGUCUCGUCAUGCAGACCACCUCAGGAGAUCCCGUGUCGGUGCUCGCGGCAGUCAAUCUGACGGUCGAACAGAGUUUCAUCACGCUAGAUCUUGUGAGAGGUCUGGAGAGAACCGGCGAGAUCGAGUAUGUCAAGAAGGUCGGUGCUCACGGGCAUUUUGAGGUUGUGCUGGACGUGGUUGCGGGUGAGAAGACUGUCAAGCAGGCUUUCCAGGUCAUUGAUGGGGCGAAGUUGUGGGAACGUGAACAGGUUCUGCUAGGACUGUUGUUCGUGGCGAGGUUCGAAGGGCUGAGUGUGAAGGAGGAUGUGCAUAAGGAAGUGGCGGGACUGUCCGUCUUGACGGGGACGAGGAAUGAGUGA